UCCACCACCAUCUCCAGCAGCCAUCAUGUCCCUCCAAGACCGCUUCGCAUCUCAGGAUCCCCUCUCGCUCCUUUCAGGUGCAACCACUCUGUCCCUCAUCACUGCUGCGUCUCAAGCUUCCUUGGCAUACAACCUCCCGGUCGUCCUUUUUGGGGUAUUAAGCUAUGAGAUGAAGAAUAGCAAUGCUCCCUUCAGACAGUUUCUAAUCCUCAUACCCCUCACUUUUAUCCUUGAUCUUUACGCCAUACUGUUCCGUAGUCUGUCUAUCCUCCCAUGGAUUGUUACUCUCUUGCUGGCACUGUUGAAGGCGCCCUUGUUUUUCAGCUGUUUGGCUCAGUUGAGAGAGCGCGGUGGAGAGCUCAGCCUUGAAGGAUGGACAGGAAUCGGUGGAUUUAACCGUCUGGGAGGACAGAAUUCCUGGGGGAUGCCUGCGAGUAUGCCAGGCGACUUUGGCGACAAUCAGCCUAGCGCUGCCCCUGCGCAGCAGACUUUCCCAUCGUCAGGUGGUUUCCGUCUUGGAGGAGACGAAGAACAAGGUCAAGGCCAUCCGACUGGUGCUCCAGGAAGGAAUGGCUACCAGACGAUUGGAUAAGAAACAGUCCACCCGCCGCUUAUAGAAUAAGAAAGUAGUGCGGCGGUCCCAUCCAAGAGUCUAUAUUGUACAAUACAAUGCAUCUACAUGUGGAACCUUCUGACUACUUUCUUAUAUCCCUCUUUUCCUUUCCAAUGCGCCGUUGACAUCUAGAACCUCUGCCAUCGACUGACUUCCUCCCAUAAAUUCGUCGGCGUCAAGGCUUUCAUCCCGACCUUGAAGUAUCUCGAGGG